GUUCUGAUGAUGAUCCAAGUCAAGGUUCUUCGCCCGCAGGAAGCUUUUCAAGAGGGCAAGAUUGUCAUGCAGAAGGACGGCUUUGACAUCAAGAGUCUGAUGUUGAAUGACCCGCACCUGGAGAUCUCGUGCUGGUCGUGCUGCGUCGGGACGAAGCUUAUGCAGACGGAGAAGCCGGAUAGGCCGCAGUCGCCGCAGUCGAUGAUGUGGCAAUUCUUCAAUGCGAAGGACCCGGAGUUGCAGAAGGCAGUCGAGUCGGUUCUUUUGAAGAACAUGCUGGGCAAGGCCAGUGGCGUGUCCGAUUCGUCCAAGCUCCUUUUCCCCAGCGGCAGCGGCUGCGCCCUUCUGAGCUGGCUGGCUUCGAAGAGCAGUCGAACCGAGAUCGAGGUGGAGGUCCAUUCCUUGGAGUCGCUUCCGGAGGGCUUGACUUUCAUCAACCGCGACACCAGCCCGCUUGCA